UCAAUGCCCUAAAGAAGGACCCCUCUCUGUACGAGAAAGGAGUAAAGCCGACUUUGCCUAAAACCCUACCUUAAACCUCUCCCUCUCUCUCUCUCUCUCUCUCUCUCUCUCUGUAGAGCAAAGCCAUAUUGCCUGAAACCCUACCUCAAGUAUUUUUUCCUUUCACACCUAUUUCCCUCUGUCUUGCCAGUCGAACUCCAUCUCCCCUAACCAUGCCCAUCUACACUAGCACCAGACCAAUCUUUCAUGGAUGGAUUUGAUCUUCAAAGCAAGCUUCCUCACUUCUCAAAACACCAGCUCAAACUAUGUCUUCUCUCUCUAGAGGCAUCCUAUCUCGCCUGAGGUUUCUCUCUCUGAACCCCAUCUCUCAAUAUGCUAUUAGAACGACUUACUUCAGGAAUUUUAGUGCUAAUUCCCGAAAUAUAGAGGAACCAGAGGUCCGUGGCCCAAUCAUUGAGGCGAGUCCAAAGCGUAUGAGGCCGAAUUCGAGGAGAACAGGGGCCAUUGCCAUCAAAUGUGGGAUGACUGCGCUUUGGGAUAAAUGGGGAGCUAGGGUUCCAAUAACAGUUCUAUGGUUGGAUGAUAACCUUGUUUCUCAGGUUAAAACAAUGGAAAAAGAAGGCAUCACUGCUCUCCAGAUUGGGGCCGGGCAGAAGAAAGCAAAGCAAUUGACAAAACCAGAAGUGGGCCAUUUUAGGGCACAGAAUGUCCCUUUGAAGAGGAAGCUGAGAGAAUUUCCUGUUACGGAAGAUGCACUACUCCCUGCUGGAACUCCAAUCAAUGUUCGACAUUUCAUCCCAGGCCAAUAUGUGGAUGUUACGGGUAUCACACGCGGGAAAGGGUUUCAGGGUGGUAUGAAGAGGUGGGGUUUUAGCGGAAUGCCUGCAUCCCAUGGUGCAUCAUUGUCGCAUCGAAGUAUUGGAUCUACUGGUCAAAGAGAUGCUGCUGGAAAGGUUUUCAAAGGCAAGAAAAUGCCUGGCCGAAUGGGUGCGGUCCAGUGCACAGUUAAAAAUGUUUUCGUCUACAAAAUAGACCCAGCGAGGAACCUGAUGUGGGUCAGAGGCCAGGUUCCAGGUGCAGAAGGGAACUUUGUGUUCAUAAGGGAUGCAUUUUGCAAGAAACCUGAUAUCUCGGCACUGCCAUUCCCUACUUUUUUCAUUCCUCCAGAUGAGGAUACAUCACUGUUGGAACCUUCGGUUGCAGACCUUGGGGAUAUUGAUCCUUUUAUGGCGGCUGAUUAAAUCAACACCAUGCAGGUCUCCAUUUUCUGCUUGAUCUGUGUUUUUUUUGUUCUCUACUAUUUAGGGCACAAAAAAUGUAUUACUUAGUGACAAUCUCGGCUAAUCUGAAGAUUGUCCAUGUUUUUUUUUUUUUCUUCUUUUUUUUCAAUAUUUAGAUCACAGCUGAGGAUGAGUGCUGUGUAUUUGAGUCAAUGAUUCGGAUUAUUUCAUAUUCCUGUUAGAAUACUCACAUGAGACAUCCUACAAAAUAAUUGCAAUUUUGACAGUUGUGGUUGUU